UUUAAAACUUUCGGGAGCGUUGUAUUAUUUCAUUAAAAAAUAAAAUUAAAUUAAAUUAAAAAAAAAAAAAAAAACUACCAAAGUGCAUUAUUAAUUAUUUUAUUGUGAAAGGCUGUCCGGAACCAGGAGGUUAUGUUCAACCUGACGCUGCUGUUAUCAGAAUAGUGUGUUCCUGGAAAGUGUGUGGAUCUUAUUUAAUUUAGGGCUUUUCUCUUUGUGUAGUUUCAGUGGGAUUCGUUGGAAGGGACGUGCUGUUCAAAGAGAUGCAGGGUGGGACGGAUUCUUAACAGGACCUUUAAAAACGCCACGAUUCCUCCCGACCGGUUGUUAUGGAGCAGCCACCUGGGAGCAUAGAUGAUCUACAGCCUCAAGACCUGUCUGCCUCUGGCAUCCCCACUGUGAUUGACCUAACCAGGAAAGGAGACGAAUGUGUCCUCAACUCUACGCCUGUCAAUGCCCUGCGGGUGGCCAAGAGCCCUGGCUGUUUCCCGAACUCUGGGACCAGCCAACCUGGAUUACACGUCUCCGAGACUGGCUCAACGGACGUGGCGCUCCCAUCAGGGGAUCAGAUUCAACCAGACAAUGCCUUCUCCCACACUACGGUCACCCUCUCCUACGUGAGCAGGUCUCACGUCUUCUCCACUCAUGACUCUCUAUCUCAGCAUUCAGCCCCGCACGGUGUACCGCCUAUCAGCAGCUUUAACCUCCACCCUUCUUGCGAUGCAGAUAAAGGGCUCGGGGCGACAGGCUACAAACUGAAACAGCCUUAUUUGGAGCAGGCUGAGGGGCCCGUGGACCUCGCCACGCAGACAGAACAGUUACAGUUUCAGGCUCAAGUGGGACCGGAGAACGACGUUCGAGGAUGUGUAACACAGAAACCCCAUGAGUGUAAUGGGGCUAUUUCUUGGGAGGAGGAUGUAGAGAAGCCUCUACAAGGUGAAGAGGAGCGGAGCCACACUAUGGACAACAGGGGUUUGGAAAAUGGUCAAGGUGAGAACUGCUCUUUAGCGUGUGCUGAAUCUUCACCAGAGACUGUCACCCAUGUCACUGGAGGGGAUAAAGAGGGCUCUGAAGUGCUCUUCCUCAUGUCUAAGAAACAGGACUCAGCAGUCAUUAGAUCAGACGGCGCAGGCUGUAGAGAUCUGCGUUCUCUGAGCAGGGAGUAUAUAAGUCCCCUGGAGGACCCCGUCUCCCCCUCCGCUACCUCACUCGAGGAUGUAGAGGAUGUGUACCUGCUGCCUCAGGCUUCCUGCUCACCCAGCGCCGACAACUCUUCUCUAGAGACGGCCGAGGAGGUUGCAUGUGACGGCUUGAAUACGGAAGGAGCUAUUCAGCCAAGCCCUGGCGUCAGCGAUGGCACCUCAAAGUCAGAUUUGAGCGACGGCAAUAAACAGCCAGCCCAUAGACGGAAGGCUGUGUUGGAGCCUCUGCUUGACCUGACAGAGGAUGUUUGUGUGUCAGGUGUUGUGGAAAACAAACCCAAGACUGUUGUUCCUCACAUGAAUGGGAAUGCAAAGGUGCUAGAAAGAACUUUAGAGGAGAAAAAACUGCCUAUGCGUUUGGGUAGAGGUACGCGGUUGGAGGCCAUAGUCAUGAACAUAAAUUCCAGCAGGUAUAAAGUGUCAGGAUGCAUACGCUCCAAUAAGAAUGCAAAGGGUUCUCAGUCAGCAGCUAGUGAUUCUGCCUUAGCCAGUCUUAAGAGUAAUGACGCUGUGUCGGUAGGUAAAAGGAAAGGCAGAGAGAAGACAUCGUUCUCUGUGAAAACACAGAAAGUAGUAACUCCAGUUAAAAGGGGAAAAACCAUUAACGUUAAUACUGACAGUUGUAAAGACUCUACCUCUGAUUGUGAAAUCAACAAUUCGAAGAAAUCAAAUAGCAGCACACCUCCAAAAAGUCCUCAGUUUACCAUGCACAAAAGGUCAAAGAGAAAAGCAGUGGAUACGUCUCACCAUGUGCACCCACCACAGCUUAGCCCUGUAAAGUCAAAUGGGAAACGCUCCUCACAGUCGAGGCCUCAGGUUCCUGUGCACAAGAACUCGAAGAAAGAGCCAGAACUGCCUUCUCAGCCUGACCCCUCAGUGGAAAGUUGUACGGAAACAUUUACCCCAGCACCAUCUCCAUCAAAAUCUCCAAAGAAAAGCCAGGGCACAGCCAAAAGCAAAUCUCCCGCUAGCAAAACAUCUCCAGCUGCCAAGACAAAGGCGGCUCGCUCUACCAAACGAAGGAGAAAGAAACACAGACAGGCCCAGUCUUCCUCCAUGUUCGCUCCCAAAGAGCCAGAGAUCAAGUUGAGGUAUGUCAACUUCAAGGAGGAGAAAAGGGACUCAAAGUUGGACAGUUUCUCUCCGUUUAUCCGCGUGGAGCGUCACCAGUCGUCACCGUUGCUGUGCACUGUGAUCAACUAUCCUGAGGACGUGGGGACGCAACACAAGAAGGGCCAGCAGCAGCAGGCUCACAGCAGUGGCUUUCUUUCCGCAGUCAUACCCAGCACUUCCUGUCUGCAGCUGGGCCGGGUUUCCACCCACAGCCAGCACCAGCGCUCCCUCGUCUGCUGCCUGUGUGGGGAGGCUGCCAAUGCCAUGGACUUGGGGGACCUUCAUGGCCCCUACUAUCCUGAGGGGUAUCGGAUCACCACCAAAACACCAACCAGCACGUCGGGCCUCAAGGAGGACGAGGAUGAUUACAGCGACACUGACUCGUCGUCCUGCAGCGUGAGGGGAAGGGGGAGGAAGUGUGCCGUUACACCCAGGCCCUGGGCCGUCCGGCCGGGUGCUCAGCUGAAGCAGGUGACGGGCGACAAUACCAGCAGCCCUGCGGCUAAGAGGGCUCGGUCAGACGCUGGGUGUGCAGAUGCGGAGGACUGGUACAGCCCCCCUGUGCUGCCUCUGGAGCCCUGCGAGUACUGGCUCCAUGAAGACUGCAGCAUCUGGUCUGCAGGCGUGUUCCUUGUGAAGGGCAAAGUCUACGGGCUGGAGGAGGCCGUCAAGGUGGCCCAAGAGACGAUUUGUUCAGCGUGCCACAAUCCAGGUGCUACACUGGGCUGCUUCUUCAAAGGCUGCCCCAACAAGUACCACUACAAGUGUGCUCUGGAGUCAGCAGACUGCAUUCUCAUUGAAGAAAAUUUCUCCAUGAAGUGUAAGAAGCACAAGAACAAGACAUUCAAAGCCCCUCCAGGGAACCGAUCAGAGGACAGGUGACAGUGAACCUCAUGAGAAAAUUCACCUGCAGCAUCCUGCAGAGGUUCUCCUCCCCCCUCUGCUGGUAACCAUGGCGAACGUGGACCAGGGUUCUUCUGACUGACAGCUAGCACCCACAAACCUUAACUUCCCCCUCUGCUCUUCAACUGCACUGUUAAGCCCCGACACUGUGACUGGAGGAGCCCAGUCCCUGAAGCCUCUCUCAGUCCGGUCUGACGGUACUCAUCAGCACACACCAACUGUGGACUGAGGGGAAAACUACUCUGAAAGUAACAUGCUGAAUUUGUCAUUUGUGUAGUUAUUUAUAUAGGAUUUUUUUCCUCCGUGGAUUCAAAUGGAAUAACAAUCAAAGAUAUUUAAUUUUUUUAAAGAUUUUCUAAGUAUUUGAUUAUAUUUGGUUUAUUUAUUAUUGGACUUGGCUUUUCUGUGGCUUCUUUAGCAGCUGUCAAAGAGGUUUGAUUGAUUGUGUGUGUUUUUUUAAGUUAUUUGGAAAAGCAUUUCGACAUUAAAAUAUCAAGCCAGCCGAGGAGAUGCUGGUUUUAUUACAGGAUGGGACAGAAGGACAAGGCGUCAAGAUGUUACCCUCACAGAUUAAGGUACCACGACAGGGUUACAUGUUAACAUCGCAUGGACGUUAACGUUUGUGUUUCCUUUGCAAAAUUCAAAUUCAUCUGAACAAUGCACUAGACCCAGUUGAUGAUAUAGAGGGAGCCGAACAGUGUGUGUUUGAAUGUAUUAUCAUAAGAAGCACUUUGGACCUCUGCUCAGGCUGCAGUAUUACCUUCCUCAGCUGACUGUCUCAACCCUCCUUCCCUUCAGGCUCCCUCCUGAGGCUCUUUGACGCCUACAGGUCAACCUUUGAACUUUAAAAGAGCCCCAUCCAACUGGCAGAAUGACACCACGUGUUUCUUUUUAUUUGGCUUAAAGCACUUUGACCUCCCAGUCCAGACUCGGAGUACUGCAAUGUGCCCAAGUUGCAUUUGUCCGUACUGACCGUAAACCCAUCGGUAGAAUAGAACUGUGGUAUAAUUUGUUGGAAAACCCUGUGAAGGGACAUUAGAUUCUUCCUGUUUUUUAACUUGGCAGCACAAUAUUCACUUUGACAAAAUCCCUUUAGGAUUGUACUAGACCACCCAGCCGAAGAAUUGUUGUCUUGCUUUCAGCAGCGUCAUGGAUGAUAUAAGAACGUUUGCAGGUAUAACACUCAUUUCUGUGCCGACACAUCUUUGGUUUACAUGAUUUUUACGUUCAGUAGGAAUGGCCAUGCUAGUAUUGAUUCCUCAGUACUGCUGUUCCAUGGCUUGUCUUGGGCCUAAAUGAUGCAUUUGCAUCAGAACCUUUCUGAAAUCGCCUUAUCUGACAUACAAAAGGUAAACAUGUUUUUUUUUUUCCUAUCUUCAUAAACUUGAGGUGCAAUGACAAAUCAGUGGAUGUACUGCACAUGGCGUGUGUUUGGGCAUCCUGAUGACUGAAGGCAGCUUGCAGGCACUUUUCUGCUGCAGACUUAGUCGUUGUGAAGACCAGAGAGGCAUGAUGGGCCGAUUCCUUCUGAACCCUCUGACCAUGCAGGUCCACACUGACUCUCUGGGAAUUGUUUAAAUCACAUACAGAGAUCACUUCCUGGUGCACUGGUGCCUGUUGAAUCGGGUCAGGGCGUUUGGUCUUUCAGCCUACCAGUUUUAUGUUAGAGAACAGUGGAAAAGUGGUUGUUCAUGUCCCCGUGUACUUCCACAUAGCACCAUUAGAGGCAGCGUUGUGCUGUCUGAAACCAGCGAGGUCUGUUCAGCCAUGACUCCACAUCAGUGGACAACAACACAGAGGCAGCUGGAGACUUGGGCACAACACACACCUAGAGCUCCUUACUAUGACAACACCGUGUUUGUUCCAUCUGUGCCAUCUACAUGUUUUUGUGUUUUGUUUUUUUUUUUUUUGUAUUGUAUUUUCAAUUCAGUUGCAGUGAAAUUAUUAUUUUGUGUGUAAAGAUUUUCAGCAGACCUGUACUUUUCACUCCAGUUUUUUUUUACAAGCAGUCACACCAAAUACAGAUUUUGGAAUAUGUAUUAUUAUUAGAGAGCUUAAAAUGUUUUUUUUAAAAAAAAACAAACAAACAACAAAUCUUUUGUCCGUGUGUUGAUCUCAGGGCUAAAUCUCAGAUAUUUAAUCAUUUUAUUUUGUCAUUUUUAUUUAUCCCUUGUCAACCCCACAAUAACUGGAAUAAUGAUACAUGUAGCAGGAUGUGAUGAUCUCUGCUGAUGCAAAGCCUUUCUUUUUUUUUUUUUUUUUUUCUUCUGUCCUGGUACACACUACACAUUCCAAUGCCUCCCCCAUGUGUCCGUCAGUGCUGUGGUGUUUUUAGGUUUAACGUGGGACUGCCAACUCAUCGUCCCAGUUUUGUCAUCGUCUUAUUUUCUGGUAACUUUUUGUAUCGUCUUAUUCACCUCUUGGAGCAUCAGAGGUCAUGUUAUUGUCAAAAUUAAAUAUUUUGUUCAGC